CAUAUAUAAAUCACUUUAUUAAGAUGGAGAAGAUAAACGAUGACGAAGACGAGAGGAGGGAAUCAGCCAUAGCUUCGUCACUGUCUUUGCAGCCUCAUUUCAAGCCGCCUACUGCCCUCAAGCAGACCCAGCUUUCCAAGUUCCAGAAAAAACACAAAAAAAAACCAUCUUUCAUGGACGACAUAUUUGAUUCCUCUCUAAAUUUAGAAGAAGCCCAUUUGAAAGAAGGCUUCGAUGAGGGUUACAAAGAUGGUCUUGGCUCUGGUAAAGAAGACGGUAAACAAGUGGGUCUGAAAACUGGGUUUGAGGUUGGCGAAGAGUUAGGAUUCUACAAGGGAUGCGUGGAUAUAUGGAACUCAGCUAUCCAUGUUGACCCGACCCAGUUUUCUUCUCGGGUUCAAAAAGGUAUUAAGCAAAUGGAAGAGUUGAUUGAGAAAUACCCAAUUAUGGAACCUGAGAAUGAGAGCGUUCACGAGAUUAUGGACAGUUUGAGGUUGAAGUUCAGGGCGGUAUGUGCUUCAAUGGGUGUGAAAUUGGAGUACAAUGGGUACCCAAAAUCUUCUUCAGGUGCAAAUGAGAUGGGAUUUGAGAAGGAAAAGAUAAUGUUAAAGUCGAUGCUUGGUUGCUGUAAGGUGUACAUAUCUGAAAGCAGAAACAGGGCAGCUCUAGAGUCCAUUGAAAGAGCUGCUAAGCUAUUCCCAAAAGCUCCCAUUAUCAACAAAUUUGUAGAUGAGACUUACAACAGAGUUGGCUACACACUUGUUUCCAAGUUGGAUCCACAACCAUCUUUGGAUCCAUGCCCCUUGAGAACCUCAGUCCUAGCCAUGGUUAAGGCUGCUUUGGAGUCCAUUGACCUUGAAUUGCACAGUGGCAGUCAUCCCCGGCUUGGUAUUGUGGACCAUAUAUGCUUCCAUCCCUUGCUCUCUACUUCUCUGGACCAGGCUGCUAACAUUGCCAAGUCUUUGGCUGCAGAUGUUGGUUAUGGUCUUCAAGUACCUACUUUUCUAUACGGAGCUGCCCAUGGAGAGGGAAGAACGCUUGAUACAAUCAGAAGAGAGUUGGGUUAUUUCAAGCCAAAUUCAAGUGGAAACCAGUGGGUUGGGGGGCUAAAACAAGAGUCCUUGGCACUCAAGCCAGAUGAGGGUCCACCUCAUGUGAUUCCAACAAAAGGAGUCAUUGUCAUCGGAGCAACCCGGUGGGUUGACAACUAUAAUGUUCCUGUUUUCUCUACCAAUCUCUCAGCGAUUCGCAGAAUUGCAAAGGGUGUAAGUGGAAGAGGAGGAGGCCUUCCUUCGGUCCAGGCCAUGGCACUUGCACAUGGUGAGACUGUCAUUGAAGUAGCUUGUAAUUUGUUGGACCCAAAUAAUGUGGGAGGAGAUAGAGUUCAACUUGAAGUUGAGCGGCUUGCAAAGGAAGAGGGUAUAAGUGUGGGCAAAGGCUAUUUCACUGAUCUUUCCCAAGAGAAAAUCAUUCAAAACUACUUGAAGUUGGACUCUGCGUUAGCGGAGGGUUUAUUUUAAUUUUUUCUUUUGAAUCAGACAUAAAAAAGAAAGCAUUAUUCCAUGCAAUGAAAACAUCCAUGGAAUGAAAUAUUAGAGAAUUUCGCUUUGUUAUCUAUCAUGAACAUAAGAAUGAAAUGAAAGCAUUUCAAACUCA